UUGGACUGUGUGAUUCAACGGCUUCGGAAAGCUUUUUGAGAGACUGAGUUCAUUUGGCUGCGAUUCUUGCAAGAAACUACUUUUUACCAAUUCAUCUGUUAACGCCUCGCUGUGUGUUUGUUAAACUUAAACCCUUUUCAGAUAUUUUUGAUUGACUGCAAAAUAAUGUGACGUAAAGCUUUGGCAAUUUCUGAUCUCACUCGGUGCGUGAACGAGUCAGUGCGCGCCGAGCAUCGGCAAACUCCAGGCAGCCGACUCUGUUGAAGUUUGGCACUCAGCAGGAACGUUGGGUGAAAAUGAAAAGCUUAAAAGCCAAAUUCAGAAAAAGUGAUGCACAUGAAUGGAGCAAGAAUGAUGACCGACUACUGCAAGCUGUGGAGCAUGGAGACACAGAGAAAGUGGCAGCCCUUUUGGGCAAGAAAGGGAUCAGUCCCACAAAACUGGACAGUGAGGGCAAGUCUGCUUUUCACUUGGCUGCCUCAAAGGGACAGGUGGAAUGCUUGGGAGCGAUGCUUUCUCAUGGUGUUGAUCUAACCAUACCUGAUGGCUCAGGUUACAAUGCUUUGCAUCUUGCUUCAAAAAAUAGUCACCAAGAAUGUGUGAGAAAGAUUCUUCAGGCAAGCUUGUUGGAUGAGUCUCGAAGAAAAGAAGACCAGCGAAGAUGGAGACAGGGCUUAGCAUCUGUGAUUUUAAGCAGAAAAUCUUGCAAAUGUCCUGUAGAAUGUGUUGACAGCAAUGGGAAGACAGCCUUGCACCAUGCAGCUGGAAGUGGUACUAUCUCCAUUGUUCAACUGCUGUGUGAACACAAGUGCCCUAUUAAUGUCAAGGACACAGAAGGUUUUACACCAUUGAUCCAGGCCGCACAGAACAACCAUGCUGAGGUGUGUCAUUACCUGAUCGACCAAGGGGCCGACAUUGAUGCAAGAGACAAGAACGGCAGGACUGCUGUAAUGUUGGCCUGUGAGCAUGGAAGUGGAAAUACUGUUGAAAUGUUAGUCAAGAAGGGUGCUAACCUGAAGUUAGUAGACGCACUGGGUCAUGAUGCACUUCAUUACUACAAGCUCUCAGGAAACGCCGAUAUCUUAAAUUUUCUUCAGACUACACUUAAAGUUUCUGAGGAUACUGAUAUGAAAUCAGCGCAGACAUCAAAACAGCUGGAUCCUGCCAUUAAAAUCUUUGCAGAUAGAAGUGGAACUCCCAAAAAGCGAAAAGCACCACCUCCACCUCCACUAAGCAGUACUAUGCAGGGUCCCCAAUCCAGUGAAUUGCCAUUUCCAGAGUCACGUAGCCCUCGUUUAUCAGGAUGUGAGUCAUCAAAAGCAGAAGUAACAUCAGUUAAGGAAAGAGAGAACAAUGAAGAAGUGAGAAAACUUCAAGCAGAGAAGGCAAAUUUGCUGGAGGUGAUACAAAACCUAAAUCAGCAACUGCGAGACAAAAACCUCCAGGAGGCGCAACAAAAUGUCCUCAAAAAGCAUGACUGUAGAAAUAGUGAAGAAGUGACAUUUGAUACAAUAGGUAGUGGAAGUAAAAAAACUGAAACCUCGUUUGUUGAAGAACCAGACCAAAUAAUGGCAUUGCAAUCCCAAAUUGCGUCUCUUGAGGUGCAAAAUAAAGAGUUGUGGGGUAUAUUGCAGGGCAAGCAUUCACAGGACAGUGUAACGAGCUCAUCGCCACAGGAUAAGCAAUCAAGCCAAAAUCUAGAAACAUCAUUUGAUUUAAAUUUUAAUUCAGAAGAUUCCCAAAGUACUCUUAAAGCUGAUUAUAUCCAGUUAAAGGAACUGUAUAAGAAUGCAGAAGCAGAAAUUACAAACCUCAGAGCUGAGAUGUUUUCAAAUCUGUCAAAUAGUUCGCUCCAAACAGAAACUUUUGAACAAAGUAACAGCAAUACAGGGGCAAAGGAUAUACCUGACCAAGAGACUCCUCAUACAUUAGCAAUGGGUUUGUUGACUGAACUCGCUGAGGAAAAUAGUCAGACAUUAGGGGAAAUUAACGAGAAUGGUUAUUGUCUUGAAGAGAAACUCCGAGAAACACAGAGCAAAUAUGAUGAGGCACUGAAAGAACUUUCCAGUCUGCGAGCACAGGUACAACAGGAUUUGUGUUGCAAGGAGGAACAUAUGCCUUUACCAAAUUUGGAAGAGUUGACUCAGACUUACGAGGAUGAGAUCGAAGAACUAAAGCAAAGGCUUAAAAGAGCUUUGGAAGAUGAAGAGAAGGCCAAUAACAACCUGACAGAAAUGGAAGAACUGCUGGAAAUAAAAGAUAAAAUCUUGGCUAAAUGUAUGUCUGUGGAAGAGUGUGAGGAAUUAAAAAAUUCUCAAAGCUUACUUUUGGAGAAUGUAAAUCAAGAGAAGGCACUAUUAAUUGAGAAAUAUGAGGAAGCACAAGAAGAAAUUAAAAAGCUACAAGCAAAACUGAACCAUCAGAUCUCUUCUCAAAGGGACAACUACUUGCAAGAGAUGGUGACAGCACUGAACAGAACAAUCAAUGAUCUGAAUACACAAGUAACUGAAAUCUCACAGCAGUACAAUGAUGCAAAAUGUGAAUUAAAACAACUGAAGAAUAAAAAGACUGAAGAGGCAUCUGAGCAUAUUAAUUCAAACUAUAUCCACAAAGAACAGCAUGAACAGCUAGUACAAGUUCUGAAUGAUUCUGUACAUGAAUUGAAGGAAAAGCUAUCAGAGAUGGAGGUGAAGGUUAAGGAAGCUGAGCAGGACAAUACUAUGUUGCAGAAAGAACUUGAGCUUCAAAUGCAGGCUUCUGUACCUCUCUCUGAACAUAACCAAAUUAAAACGACUCUUGAAAAUACGAUAAAAACUUUUAAUGGAAAAGUGCGCCAGAUGGAGCAAGGGCUUGAGCAGAAAGAAAUAGAGCUGAAUAUCUUGCAAGGAAAUUUGGCAACAAAAACAGCUGCUGUCCAAGAAGCAAUGGUUCCAAAAUCAGAGCAUGAGAAGUUAAAAGUUUCAUUAGAGGCUGAGUCCAAUCGAUUAACUGCUAAAAUAAAUGAUCUACUGAAAGAACAAGAAAAGGCAUCUGCUGAGGUUGCACAAGCUCGGAAAGACCACUUGCUAGCAAAGAGUGAGCGUGACACAGCUCAAGCUCAACUUGGGGCCAAGGAACAAGAAAUCAAAAGGCUUCGUGUUAGAAGCCAUGACAUGCAGCAAACUGUUGAAGAAUUGCAAAAACAGAUUAAAGAGUCCUUGAAGCUGGAAGAAGAUAAAGACAAAAAGAACAGUGAAUUGUCCAAGGAAGUGAGCAAACUAAAAGAGGCACUCAACAGUCUGUCUCAACUUUCUUAUACUGCAAGCACUGUCAAAAGACAAAACCAACAGCUUGAGACACUUCAGCAGCAAGUGAAGAAUUUGCAACACCAGUUAUCCGAUGCAAAUCAACGACAUCACGAGGUCGUGUCUGUGUAUAGAAUGCACCUUCUGUAUGCAGUUCAGGGUCAAAUGGAUGAAGAUGUUCAGAAGGCUCUGAAACAGAUUUUGACAAUGUGCAAAUCUCAGCCACAGACGAAAUAAUUUAUGUGUGUAUAUAAAACAUUACUCAGCCAACCUUUGUCUAAUGUUCAAUUGCCACUGCUGUUAAACUGAAUGAGUACGGGAUAAUUGACAGUUAAAACUGCAGAAAAAUGUUUACAGGAGCUUUUUUUGUUCUACCUACUAACGGUAUGUACAUUAUAUUAAAAUGUAUAAUCAGUUUGUUUGUAUCAAAAUUCCAAUAGCAAAAAUUCAUUGGAACAAGCUAGUUUGUAGAAUUGUUAUCAUAUUUGCUGAGAAAAUAUUUAGUUUGUUGAUCAUGCCAUUGGAACUGCAAGCUCUUGAAACCUGUGGUUAGGGAAUGGUAUGAAUCACCAGAAACACAAGUAUCUAACAUCAGAUACUUAACAAUACAAUUGUACAAUAAAUUAAUGACUGUUAUGGGUACACAGGAAACACUGAAUGUACCGGAGAAGCUAAUGCCAUCUUGACAUCACGGGCCAAAGGGCCUGUUUCCACACUGUAGGGAUUUUAUGUUUGACCUACAGAUGUAUACAAUGCAGCUGGGGGGGCAGCAGUGUGAACUGAAGAGAAAAAGUGCAAUUUGUGGAAAUUGGAAAAGUAUUGGGAUUGAAUACGGAGAGGCUAAGCAAGAGAAAAUUGCAAAGUACAAAUGAAGAGCAGUCAAGUGAACAUUUCUGUUGGGUUAAUUACAUUUUGUAUGUGACCUUUUGAUUAUUGCUGAAAGUCCUUAAAUUGGAUUAUUUCUGCUCCUGGCAUGUUGGUUUGUGGAAUCUUGCCAUUCCUUUCUGCAUAUUUGUCCUCUUUUGCACCAUGACAUGGUCCAAUCUCAAUUAUGAAUAUAAAUGCUACAUGCUUAUUCAAUAAUUUUACAAUCAUCACUCUACUCCUGUCAUCUCAACACAAUGUGCAGAAUUUCAGAUUUUUUUUACCUGAUGAGUAGGAUCAUUCCUUGCAGCAUUUAACACCUCGUUAGGCAUUUUCUGGUUCGAGGUGGCCUUUCCACGACUCCCUUGCAGAAUUCCCUCAAGAGUGCUGUCAGUAAAAUUCCAUUGGCACCCAGGGAAUGACUGCUAGACCCAAUCUCUUGAGGCAGUGUACUGGAGCAUGGGUGUGAACUCACGAAUAGGGGAAGGGAGAACCAGAGGUGAGGGCAUCGCUUUAAAAGCCAGGCAUAGAGAGAAUAUCUGCAAGGCAAAGACAAUGGAUUUUGAAAAGGAGAGCAGAAAUGGAAAUGGCACGAUGGCACAAUGCCACUCCAGUUGGCCUGAACAAGGUAAUCUACUGUGCACCUCCCACUUUCUCGAGCCCCUCCCAUUAGCCUGAGUGGGAAAUUCCACUUUAAGGUGCAAAUUGAGGCAAAAGGCAUGUUUCCCAUUUUAGGAUUCACCCGCAUCCUGUAAAAUUUCAGCCAGGUCAGGGGAUAACGGGGAGAUAAGACACCAGAUUUUUUUUUAAAUAGACCUCCCUGCCAGCUAACCUGUUAGCAGGAGUCCACAAAAUUCUGUCUGUAUGACUUUGGUUGACAUAAAUGAAACAUUUGCCAGCACUAGGUUUGCAAUUAGGAUAUGUUGCACCAUUAGAAACAAUAGAGUCAACUGAUGCUUCUCGUUCUCCAUGAACUAAGAGCAUUAGUAGUUUGCUCAUAAGGCUUAAAACAAAAUAGAUGAUGUGUUAAACUUCUUUCAAAUACUAUUAUAUGAAGUGUACAGCAUAAUUUUGAUGUACAAAGUUGCAACUAUCUAACAAUUCUCAUGCCAUUUGUGUCAAAAGUUAUAAAUUAAACAGCAACUAGUGAAACAUUUCUUAACUAUUGUCACAACCUCCUUCAUAUCAGAAAUUCUGUAGUUGAUAAACUAGUCAUAAUAGUAAACAUUUUUGCAGGUUCGUAAUCUUUAUCAGCAUAUAGAUCUGAAUAAAAACCUUUGAGCUACCUAAAGCAGAUAUGAGCAGAUAUACAUUGCCACAUUAUAUUCAUUCAUUAAAGUUUCACUGCUUGACACUUAGUGAAGAAUUAAAAUCACUCUGAUUUAAAAACCUGCUCGAACUUUACAUUUGAAGCUCCUUGUAAUGAGUAAUAUUAAACAAAAUAAAUUUAAAUAGUGCACGAUUUGCAUCUUAAAUAUAGGUUAUUUUGUCAUUUGACCUUUGAAGACAUAUUAUAAUUCCUUCUCUAGAUCAAAUUACAUAUACAUUGAACUAGAUUUAAAAGUCUGUGAAUAUUUAAAUAUUUGGAAGAUCCAUUCCUUUGUAUACAGUUUAAAAUUAGUUGGGAAAACAGAAUAAUAAUGUUUCAAUAUAAACCAAGGAGAGGCCCUACAUCUCAUUUAUAGUGCAUUGUUGUGGAAGGGUUGGGUGUGGGAGUGCAGUAUUCCCUAUUAUGAAUAAAAAGUUGAAUGCAA